UUUUGAAACAGGUUUCCUAUUUUUUGUUUUGUCUUAAAAUGCACAUUAUACUCACAUACCACACACAAGAGCUCAUAGCCGGUUCUCAUCUGCCUAGACCAGGGUACUAAAUAAUGUAAAUGGUAGAGCUGAGUGAAGUCAAGAAAAAACGAUGUAACGUGUAGAGAACCCUUUGGAUAUAUAUACCAUAUUUUUUUUUAUUUAUUUUUUUUUAUUUGGACAUUUUGGGGAAGACUUCUACAAACAGAAUAAGUUGGUUUAGUCCCACUUCGGCUAAGGGAAAAAGAUGGAUCGUGUUUCGUAAAGUCAUUAACAGACUCUCUGUACAGCUGUGACGACGAAUGCAGGCUCUUAAGAGUUUGAAGGGUUAUUUUUUUGUCUCAGGGGAGAUGGGGGGCAGUUGGAGAUGGUGCUACAGGACGUGCACUUGUUGUAUGUCUGAAGACGAAAGGAACGCCAUCGCCAUACAUUAUGAAAUCAAACGCAUCCUCGCCGAGCAGAAGAAAAGAGAACGCAGAGAGAUCAAAGUGCUUUUAUUAGGCACAGGGGAGAGCGGAAAAACAACUUUUAUUAAGCAGAUGAGGAUUAUUCAUGGAAAAGGCUAUUCAGAAGAAGACAGGCGUGCCUACGCUAAACUGGUUUACCAGAAUAUCUUCACAGCUAUGAAGACUCUGACAGGGGCUAUGAACACCCUUAGGAUAUCCUACACUAACCCACAGAAUGAGAUGCAUGGCCAACAGUUUCAGGAAGUGGAAAUACUUCAGAUGACACAUUUGGACAGAACGUAUGUGGAAGCUAUUCGUCAACUUUGGGCCGACGCAGGUAUCAAGGACUGUUACAGUCGUCGUAGAGAGUACCAGCUACUGGAUUCUACAGAAUACUAUAUGACAAAUUUGGACCGCAUUGCAUCCCCAAACUACAUCCCCACAGCCCAGGAUGUGCUCCGAGUGCGAUUUCCCACAACAGGCAUCAACGACUACUCCUUCAGUGUGGAGAAGAUCACCCUCAGGAUUGUUGAUGUAGGUGGUCAAAAGUCAGAGAGGCGGAAGUGGAUCCAUUGCUUUGAGAAUGUGACGUCACUCAUAUUUUUAGCCUCCCUCAGCGAGUAUGACCAGGUACUGGAGGAGAAUAACAAAGAAAACCGUAUGAAAGAGAGCUUGUCGCUGUUCUACACAACCAUCCACUCGCCAUGGUUUGCUAAUUCCUCCAUCAUACUUUUCCUAAACAAGAUGGACAUCCUGGAGGAAAAGAUCCAAACAUCGCACUUGCAAACUUACUUUCCAAAUUUCCCAGGCCAGACACAAAGCGUGAAGGAUGCGAAGACCUACAUCAGAGACCUGUACCUUAACCUAGGUUCAAACCGCGAGAAAGGCGGACGGAAGUCCAUCUACCACCACUUUACCUGCGCAACCGACACCGACAACAUCCGCAAGGUCUUCAAUGAUGUCAAGAGAACUGUUCUCAUCAAGGAAUUGCAGUCUUAUGGUAUGCUUUAAGAUGCUGAGGGGCUUCAUCUGGCGCCCCGCAGAGUAAAAGGGAUAGUUCACCCAAAAAUGAAAAUUCUCUCACAAUUUACUUAAAGGAAUAUUCUGGGUUUAAUACAAGUUAAGAUCAAUCAACAGCAUUUGUGGCAUAAUAUUGACUACCACAAAAAUUAAAGGAAUAUUUAACCCAAAAGUGAAAAUUAUCUCAUCAUCUACUCACCCUCAUGCCAUCUCGGAUGUGUAUGACUUUCUUUCUUCUGCAGAACAUACAUUUUCAAAAGUUUUUAGAAGAAUAUUUCAGCUCUGUAGGUCCAUACAAUGCAAGUGAAUGAGUGCCAAAAUUGUGAUGCUCUAAAAAGCACAUAAAGACAAAAUAAAAGUAAUCCAUAAGACUUCAGUGGUUAAAUCCAUAUCUUCAGAAGUGAUAUGAUUGGUCUGGGUUUGUAAAAUUUUGCUUGAAAUUCUUCUUCCUGCCCAGGAGAAUGAAGGAGUAUGAAGAAUGUGAAUCACCAAUAACACAAGAAGAAGAAUGUGAAAGUGAAACUGAGCAGGGAGGAGAAUUUAUAGUAAAAAUUGACUAAAAUAUUGAUCUGUUUCUCACCCACACCUAACAUAUCGCUUCUGAAGACCUGGAUUUAACCACUGGAAUCUUAUGGAUUACUUUUAUUCUGAUCUGUCAUUUUUGGAGCUUAGAAAUGUUGGCACCCUUUCACUUGCAUUGUAUGGACCAAAAGUGCUGAGAAGUUCUUCUAAAAAUCUUCGUUUGUGUUCUACUGAAGAUAGAAAGUCAUUCACAUCCGAGAUGGCAUAAGGGUGAGUAAAUGAUGAGAGAAUUUUCAUUUUUGGGUGAACUAUUCCUUUAAUUGUGACUUGCCCCUCCUUUUCUUUAAAAAAAGCAAUCUGGGUUACAACGAGGCAGUUACAAUGGAAGUGAAUGGCGCCAAUCUGUAUAUGUUAAAAUACUCACUAUUUUAAAGUAUAGUCACAAAAUGUAAACAAUAUGUGUGUUAGAGUUAUAAAAUCGCUUACUUACCUUUUCUGUGUAAGUUAUAGCCAAUUUUACAACUUCGUUGCCAUGACUAUGUGAUGUCAACAAACCCUAAAAUUACUGUAAAAAUUAUGAUUUAAACAACUUUACAGCUCAAAUAACACACUUCCAUUGUAAGUGCUUCAAUGUAACCUCAAUUUUUGCUUUUUUUAAAGAAAAGGAGGGAUGAGUUGAAAUUAUCUUUGGUGGUAAUCAACAUUAUGCUACAAAUGUUGUCGAUUGAGCUUAACUUAUAUAUUUCUUUAAAUAUGUAACACAAUAUAGUAAACAAUGAUCAUUUAUUUCCUGGAAAGGCUUUUGAUAUAUGAAGGGUACCGAUUGAAGAGCUACACAAAAAAUAAUGUCGGAAUAAGCAAAGUUUUAUUUGUUGUGGCUUUGCUGAAUUUAUACUGUAUAUGAUAAGUCAGUAAGUUAUUGACUUAAGAAUGUAAAUACCUCAGCCUUUUUUAUUCAGUAAAUUUGAUUUGAACUUCACUGACGGAGUUGUAUUUAGAAGUAUUUUGUUAAAUUUUGUCAGAAAAUGUAACUUUCUAACUGUCUGUAAACUUUACUGAAAUAUUUUUCCAUUUUCUUUUGAAAACAUUACAUAAUGUUGAUAAUUGAACUGAAUAAGCUGGUGAACUGUUUUUCAUAUGGGUCAGAUAUACUGGAAAGUCAUUUGAGUUAGUUUGUAAUGCAAAGCCUCUUUGAAAUGCCGAGUUAUCGAGAUCCACUUUGAGCAUCUGCUCUGGAACAAUUUUUAGAUUGUCCCUAAAAUGUUACUUUCUUUUCCCUUACUGUGUACUGUAAGUGAUUUUAAAUAAAAAGAAUUUGCUUAAUA